CUGUAAGGAUUAAGCUACACUAACAUUAUUAGUACUGUACUAUCAGUAGGAUUAGGCUCCAGUGGUGGCUGCGUAGGAUUGUUUCUGACUCAUGUGAUCUGAACUUAAGUCCAAAAGUUAUCUAACAAAUGUUCUGCUUCAAUCCAUCAAUCAAUCAAUUUGUUGUAGUUUCAAAAACAACAUUUUCAAUGCUUUAGAGAAAGCAGUUUUCGACACAAAGGGAGGCAUGCAUCUGUAAAAAUUACAUUUAUAUAACACAAUAACCAGAAAUCUAUUGUAUUAAUGUAUUAAAUACAUCAUAAAACAUCAUUAAAUAUCACAACAGGCCUUCGAAGCUUCAUUCUAAAACCUUAAUAGAAGCUAGUUUCCACUAGAUCAGGUUAUGUUUGAUGAUGCUGAUGUCGCUGUGUCUUUCUGCCUGACAGGUGUGACUAUACAUCCUGUCUGCACCAAGCGGAGAGCAGCGAGCAGCAGAGGACAGAAGGUUCAGGCUUCAUGGAGAUGAAGCUGAGCGAAGAGAUGACGGAACGGAUGAAAAUGUCCAGAUGAACACAUGACACAGUCCAAAUAUGCUGACAUAGGCUUAACGGUUGAUUGACAGCUAAACAACGACGCACUCGUCCUCCUGCCGCCGCCCACUCGUCGUCCGUCCAGCCAUGAUGUUGAGGAGGAAGCUGUGCGUUGCCUUGGUGAUCGCUGCCAUCCUCUUCCUCAUGCUCGCCAGUCAGAGCAUCCAGAGGAGACACUUCCUGCCUCUGUCCUUAGCCCUGCCCAUGAGCUGGACCACGCCCACCGGCAGGGAGACAGUAGUUGAACCCACGGCGCCUCCUGCUGAUCCGACCCCUGACCCUCCCAGGUCAGUGGUGAAGGGAGGAGGGGGUCCUCCCUUCACCACCCAACCUGAAGGCAAGGAGAAGCCUGUAGAGAACUCCCAGUACGACCUGAGGUUGUGUGGUUGUACCGGGACCUGUAUUUCAGACCUGGGGGGGUCAGACUGGUUCAGCCAACGCUACGACCCCAAACAGGAACCCGUCCUACGAGACACUAACAACAACCUCGACCCCGAUGCUCUCAGAUGGUGGCUGAGUCUUCAGCGGUCCGGUAACGACCAGACUCUAGAGAAAGUGAUGUCGGAGAUGUUCAAGGUCAUUUCCCCGCCCACUGUCGACUUCAGGCCCCUUCCCUCGAGUUGCCGUAGUUGCGCGGUGGUUGGCAACUCUGGCAACCUGCGGCGGUCAGGAAACGGCAACCGUAUCGACUCCCACGGCUCUGUAAUCCGGAUGAACAAGGCGUUGACUCGAGGAUUUGAGAAAGACGUCGGUAAUCGGACGACUCAUCACUUCCUGUACCCGGAGAGCGCGGUGGACGUAGAGCGUGGCGUCAGCCUCGUCCUGCUGCCGUUCAAACUCAGAGACCUGGAGUGGCUGACCAGCGCGUUGUCCACCGGAGAAGUAAAAAUGACCUACAUGAGGGUUAAAGACCGAGUGGAGGCUGAUAAAGACAAGGUUCUGGUAGUGAACCCGGUGUUCUUCAAGUAUGCUAACGAUCGUUGGACCGAGGGUCACGGUCGCUACCCGUCCACCGGCAUGCUGGCCAUCAUCUUCGCUCUGCACACCUGUGACCAGGUGUCGGUGUUCGGUUACGGCGCCGACCAGCAGGGCAACUGGCAUCACUACUGGGAGGAGAAUCGCUAUUCUGGAGCCUUCAGAAAAACUGGUGUCCACAGUGCCGACUUUGAAAGGCAGAUCAUCCACCAGCUUGCCAAAGAGGGCAAGAUCCAUCUGCACCUGUGACAGAACCACUGAUUUACAGACCUUCUGAUCUACAGACCGAUGGACUGACUUGCAUAUAGACUUAAAGAAGUGCUGACCGGCCUACAGACCUAAAGACAGAUGACUGAUGGACGGACCUGCUGACCAGGGCUGCAACAUUAAUCUGCAGAUUAUUAUCUCGAUUAACUGUUUGGUCAAAGUCCAAGGUCUCUAACUGUCUUGUUUAGUCAGUCCAAAACCCAAAGAUAUUCAGUUUAAUAUUAUAUAAAACCGAGAAAUAAUAAUAAUAUAAUAAUAAAAUUGAUUUUAUACUUGAAUUGAUUAUCAAAAUAGUUGGAGAAUAUAUUUUUGUGAUUGACCAACUGUUGCAGCUCUACGGCGGACAGACCUGCUGACUGACGGACCGAUCUGCAUACCCUGCCGUCCUCAAAUUUGAGUCGACUCUUGACCGUAUAGGCUGCCAGAUUUGACUUGUUUCUGGGGGGCUUUGGACAGGAAUCGGACCAGAACUUCUUGCACAUCAAUCAUCACGUCUGCCUUAAGUCAGACAUCCAGGCAUGCCCAAUUGAAGCCGCAGUUGGGUAGCAACAUUUUUAUAUAUCUGGAUCACCUGUGGAUGGAGCUUUUCUGGGGUGGGAGGAGCUAAACCUGUUGGACUAGGCUCAGAUGUUCUGCCUCUGCAGACUCCUGCUGGUUUAAAUCAGCUCAACUUGAACAUACAGACUGUUUUUCGGGACCCUCCACUGUUCAGACAGACUGUUCUGCCGUCUGGGACUGCGAGGAUCGACCACACAAGUUUUGCUCUGAGCGGGAAACAACCACAGACUUGUUAUAUAUUUUUAUUUGAUUUUAUAGAUAUUUUAUAGGGAAUAACCUCUUUUUUAAUUAAAGCACUUUGCCCUGAAGAAGAAACGGCACAAAUAGGUCAUGUUUUUGCUUCUCUGUCCGACCAUCUCUCAAGACCUUUUAUAUUUUAUAUCAUUUAUAAUCCAUCCAUUUAUUCUAACUGAAUCUUAACGCAAACCGUCCUGAUCUGGAGGAUGUUUCUGUCCUGACAGACUUGAACUGGAAAUGGGACAACACAGUUUUACAUUUUUCUUUCACGUCUUCAUUUUUGGAAUGUAAGCCAAUGACAAUGGAGCUGAAGACAUUGAGUAGGAGGAACCUGUGUGAGGUACUCUUCUCCAUACGAUCCACGUUGUUUCAACAGUCUGUAGGUUUUCAGCUGAUUUCACUGACUGUCCAAAACCGGAGUUUAAUAUGUGACUAUAUGACUAUUUGUUUUAGCUCCAGUAGCUGACAACCAUUACAACAACCAUUUAAGAUAUGACUGAGCUGCAGACUGUUGAACGUCAUGGACAGACGUGAUGUGACUCCUCUGAGUCGCAGCUCAGCUGCUGGGGGCGACAAAGAUGAUCAGUCCACGACUUUUAACUAAAGAUUUAUUAAACAAAACUUAACAAGUACAAAGUCAAACAAUCAGUAACACCACCAGUGUGUGCGGUGCAUGGAUGAGUGGAAGAUCUAGUGUAAUGUAAGUCCAAUCAAAAAUAACCAACCAUAUGAAUGCUGUCAGCUAGACUUUCAGUUAAAGGGAGAAGACAGCGAGCAGAGGGCUGUCACACCUGUACUGUCACACCUGUACUGUCACACCUGUACUGUCACACCUGUACUGUGAAUGUACAAAGACGGUUUCUGAUUGUCAAUCACAGUCGUCUGAAUGUCGUUGACACUUUGAGGAGUUUCAGGACGUUUUCACACUGAGAAUGUUUGAAUCUGUUUGAUCGUCCGUCUUAGAUCGCACAUAAAGUUUCUUUCAGCUGCGCUUUUGGGAAAUCUGGUAAUACCACAUUUCUGGCGCACUGUUUCCAGAUUCAAACCAACCUGCCAGUGUGAAAUCGCUCUGUGAAAGAGCCGUCUGCUUCAAACACACUUGUUGAUACAACGUCUAAGGGCCGGGGAUAUGUGGAGGGAAAAGCCUGCCAUCAUAUGUUCCUCCUGGCUGCAUCCCACCGCGUCCUUGAUCGCAGUUCAACAAAUCUGUGUCUUUUGUAGGAUGCAGCUGUUGGAAAGGGAUUUCUUUGGAGGAACUAACAAGCACUUCAUUUGAAGCAGACUGAGGCCUCUUUAAAUAAUCAUAAAUGCUGAAUUAUCAUCUGGAGGCUCUGUCGUUAACUCGAGUUUAACCCGGUUUGUCUGGAACAAGUCGAAUGGUCUCUUGAAACCUGACUGCUGAGUCAUCGGAAGCCGUUUUAAAUCUGAAACAUCUGCUUGUUUUUAUAGUUUUUUGCCGAGAUUUAACGCUUUGUUUGCUGGUAAACUGGGAAAUGAUCCACUUUAUGAGGAACAUUCAGCCACUAAACGACAGCUGCAGCCCUCCGGCGUCCUGAGCUGGACUUCACAUCCACAUGAAAGGUUUUGAAUUCUGCAGACUAAGUUAUAUUAAAAAGAUUUACUUCCUCACACUGAAAGAAAAAUCAAGCUUGUUGUGAGUAUAAAUCCAAAGUCUUGCUUAUUAGACUCCUUGCAGGCUGGAAAUGUAGAGAUCAACCAAUCAGUUAUCAUAGCUUUAAUUCAGCUCUUCAUGUUUAAACUGUGACUGUUUCAUAAAAGAAAGAAAUGUCAGCUUCACUUAACAACCUGCUGACCAUCAAUGCAUUCAUAGUGACCAAACAGACGAAGCACUGUGAUAUUUCAAAACAACAUAAACCCACCACUGUCCCUUUGAAUGAAAUAAAAAAAUGAAACAAAA